AUGUCGAAAGAGGGCAGGGAAAGCAAGAGGCGGAGCUUCUUCGCUCGCAGCUCGCUCGGCGCGCUCACCGGCCUCCAGAACAGCAAGGACGACUCCGAGCCUGCCAAUCUGCUCCGCAAGCGGCGGACGGCGUCGCUCAUGACCAAUCUGUCCGCCGCCUCGCAGCUGGUCGAGGAAGACGCGCUGGACGGGAGCACCAUUGCUGAGACGCCAGUGUCUCCAGCCAGGACCCCCGUAUCGCGCGGCAGCGGCAGCGGCGCCCACACAGGCUCCGCAUUUGGCUCCAUAAAGGGCUUCCGUCUUCCAGACGACUGCGGAGAGCCGCUCUCCGCGACGUCGAGCCGCUCCCGCACCUUCUCGAACAAUUGGCCGUCGGGCGAUGACACACUCCGCAACCGUCAGGUCCUGCACCAUGGCGAAGUCCAGACGAGCAGCUCCAUGUUCCGGAAAAAGAAAGAGUAUAUGGUGCUGACGGAGACACAUUUGAUCAGGUUCAAGACCCAACAGAAAGCCGCAGAGGCCUUCUCGGGAAUACCCUCGCCCUAUAUUCGCACGGCCUCCUAUCGGCACACACAGAAUUCUUCCACCGGAUCAUCUCACGAGCUUCAGUCAAUCGCGUCCGAUCACUCUGGAGAUCGCGACCUAGGCACACCUCUGCGCCAGAUUGUCGCCGCAUACCACCUAGACGAUGGAAGACCGCAUUUCGCGUUUGAAAUAUUCUACCUUGACGACGAAUCGAACCAUGCCUCAUCCAUGACACUUCAAUUCGGCGAUCCAGACGACAUGCAUGGCUGGCUUGCUAAGAUCCGGGAAGCCGCCAACCGCGUCCGACUCGCCGACUCAAAUCCUCUCUCAGCCUACAACUCUCACCUGGCUGCUCGUGUCGUAGAGGCGGAGCGGGACUACGUUCCUCCGCACUAUGCCAUCUACAAGGUCGUGCAGCGACCCCUCGGCAAAAGUACGUCUAGGUCUUCGUCGGACGAUCUCUCCAAAGCUCUUGCUUCGGUGUGUUUCCUCGCGAUUGGCGUUCACAAAGUGCACUUAAUUCCUCUUUUUAAGCCUCCAUCGCAACGGUCAUCUAGUCCGUCUUUGGUCUCCAACAAUGCCCAGUCGUCCUAUGGCAUCUUGAACAUCACCGAACUGCGCGUCAGUGAGGUGGAUGAUACAUUCGAGUUGACCUUCCGCAUGCCACUGCAGAAGCCCAAGGUGCUUCAUUUAGCCUCACUAGCAUCGCAUGAUAUUGCCGUUAGAUUACGAUACGUCGAGGAGAAUCUCAGACCAGAGUGGGAAUCCCGGCCCUAUCAGUUCAUUGUGCCAGACGACGUUAAACACGACAUUCUUCGGCAAGCCAGCCCGCAUCCUAUCGAUCAUGAGUCCCUAGAUCGUACCCUUAUCGGUUACUGCGUCGCCUACGAUGUGAAGCCAGAGAACAUCCGAUAUCAGGUCACCUUUCCGCCAGAAGAUUGCCCUCGGUUCGAGCUUCUGCGACCCGUUGGUCUCCGGAGGACUCAGUACACUGCGCUUGAGCUCCUUGCUGUUAUGCGGUCGUUGCGAUACAACGAAGGCUUUGGGGGCAUUUCGUUCAAAGACGUCCACUUAGAUGCCCUCAACGGACUUUGCGACGAGUACGGGGCCGAGCACGUUUGUACGAAGACGAAGCGUGGGACUUAUGUCCGCAUGGAUGCCGAAGAGCUCGGCCGGUCGUGUCUGCUAGUGCAAGAAAUCCGUGCCUUGGCGGUGACCAGCCGCAAACUUAGGCGACUUGACUUUUCCUCUUGUAUUACAAGGAAACCGAGAGACCAUUUGGAUUCAAUUUCUAAAGCAAGGGACAUAGGGUGCGGCAUCGUCGAAGCACUCUUCCCUUUGUGCAAGUACCAGACAACGAAUGUUGACUGGAUAGCACUGAACAACAUCCACCUCGGAGAUACUGAUCUGGACUACUUAGUCGCUGCGGCUGUCGAGAGAUCGUGUCACUUGCGCGCCCUCGAACUGAGCGGCUGCGGACUCACAGAUCGGACGCUGUCCCUCAUCCUAGAUUCCCUUCGCCCACAAGAAACCACUCUAGAGGCCAUCGACCUCUCCUCGAAUCCUUUCCGUCUCUCCCCGGCGAUGUUUGAUUCUCAGAUCGGCGUAUUUGGGUACCUCACGAAGCUCAACCUCUCCCACGUUGCCCGGACAUCUGGCCCCGAGCCUCUGAUAACUGUUGAGACUUUUCAGGCAUGGAGGCUGCAAGAGCUAAUAUUAAGCGGGACAUCGUUGAAUGCAGCUAUGGUCGAUGCGAUCGCUAGCUAUCUAGUUAAUUACAAGCAGUCUGCAGCCUUACGUGAACUUCGACUAGACCACUGCUAUCUCACAGGGAAGGACGUCGCUUAUCUACUCCAUUCAAUGUCCGAGGGGCCUGGUAAAGCUCGGCAAUUGCACCUUGAUGUCAGCGAGAACAAUAUAGAAGAGCAUCUUGACGAACUGACAAGCGCUAUCGCAAAUGGCAUUGCUCCAUCAAGUCUGACUAUCAGACUAAUCGAGUUCGAAGAAGAGGCCGACUUCCGCAAAAUGGUCCUCGCGUUGGCGAAAAACAACACGAUCAAACAUCUGGAUAUAUCGAGAGCUUCCUUGCCAUGUGAUGCCUUAGAAGAGACAUGCCAGGCUUUGGAGAAGAUGUUCGCCGAGAACAAGACCCUUGAAUGGCUAGACAUCUCUGGCGAGGAUUCUCGACUGGAGACAACGAAACUUGGGGUUGGGAUUAAUAAGGCGCUGCGAGGGCUGCAAAGGAAUCGCACGCUGCGCGUCUUGUUCAUCAAAUAUCAAAAACUCGGACUACAAGGCGCGAGCACCCUUGCGGAUGUUCUCAAGGUGAAUACCACGCUGCAGCAACUCUACUGCGAGAACAAUGGCAUCCCGUUACAGGGCUUUACCGAUCUCGUCAAUGCACUCCAUCGCAACACUACACUGCUCUAUCUUCCUGGCAUGCAUGAAAGUAGACAGAUGGCGCUCAAACAGACGGAAGAUCAGGUAAAGGCAUUGCGAGACGACACAGCGACGCACACACAGUCAAGGUCCCUUUCGGUCCGAAGCAAGAUCGCCCACAAAGUAUCCGGGCGCCCGGCAAAGGAUAGAGCUUUGCCAAUGGGCCUUUCGGAUCAAGAUAUCAAGGCAGCGCUUGGCCUUGUCGAUGAGAGCUGGGAGCGGCAAGAGUACCGCCUGCAACAAUACUUACAGCGUAAUUACAAUAUUGCGAAUGGCGUUCCCACCGCAAUGGAUGUCGACGACGAAGAAUUCGAGCGCCCGGAUACGGCGACGAGUCUGACCAAAAUAGUCGAGAAGGUUAAGUUCGAAAGUACACCUACCGCGGAGAAGGAUCUACAGCUCGGUUCCGUUGCGGAAAACCGCCAUCACGAAGCAACGCCUUUGGAAAAGGAUAUCGAAAUGUCCUUCUCACAAAACUUGAACGCAUUUGGUCGACCGCGUCUCCCGAGCUGA